UCAUGUGAUUCAAACUCACGUGUUUCUAGAGUCGGCUCUGGAGCGACGCCUACAAGAUUUUAGGUAAAGCCUUGAGAAGAACUUGAGACCAAAAAGGGAGGUGAGGAGACUCUGAGCCCAUACCUUUGGGCAGAGGAAACAGCCCUCUUCUAGAUUAGCAGGUUGACCAGCAUUCCCUGAGAUUAGAACCCCUGAAGGGGCAGGCAUCCUCCCAGCAAGCCCAGAAAUGUGGUCCUGAGGCAGAGCCCAUAGCUUUCGGAAGGAAAGUAGUCUUGGGCCAUGGCCCAGGUCAGCAUCAACAGUGACUACAGCGAGUGGGGCUCCAGCACUGAUGCUGGGGAGCGGGCCCGUUUGCUACAAAGUCCCUGUGUGGAUGUGGUGCCCAAGAGAGAGGGGGAAGCGUCCCCUGGAGAUCCAGACAGCGGCACCACUUCGACGCUUGGAGCAGUCUUCAUCGUUGUCAAUGCCUGCCUCGGCGCGGGUCUGCUCAACUUCCCAGCAGCCUUCAGCACUGCUGGGGGCGUGGCAGCCGGCAUCGCCCUGCAGAUGGGCAUGCUGGUUUUCAUCAUUAGUGGGCUGGUCAUUCUGGCCUACUGCUCCCAAGCCAGCAAUGAGAGGACCUACCAGGAGGUGGUAUGGGCUGUGUGUGGCAAGCUGACCGGUGUGCUGUGUGAGAUAGCCAUUGCAGUCUACACCUUCGGGACCUGCAUCGCCUUCCUCAUCAUUAUUGGGGACCAGCAGGACAAGAUUAUAGCUGUCAUGGCGAAGGAGCCUGAUGGGGCCAGCGGCAGCCCCUGGUACACAGACCGCAAGUUCACCAUCAGCCUCACUGCCUUCCUCUUCAUCCUGCCCCUGUCCAUCCCCAAGGAGAUCGGCUUCCAGAAAUAUGCCAGCUCCCUGAGUGUCGUGGGCACCUGGUAUGUCACCGCCAUUGUAAUUAUCAAAUACAUCUGGCCAGAUAAGGAGAUGCGCCCGGGGGACAUCUUGACCAGACCAGCUUCCUGGAUGGCUGUGUUCAACGCCAUGCCCACCAUCUGCUUUGGAUUUCAGUGCCACGUGAGCAGCGUACCGGUCUUCAACAGCAUGCGGCAGCCCCAAGUAAAGACCUGGGGCGGAGUGGUGACGGCUGCCAUGGUCAUAGCUCUGGCUGUCUACAUGGGCACAGGCAUCUGCGGCUUCCUGACUUUUGGAGCUGCCGUGGAUCCUGACGUGCUCCGGUCCUACCCCUCAGAGGACGUGGCUGUGGCUGUUGCCCGAGCCUUCAUCAUCCUGAGCGUCCUCACCUCCUAUCCCAUCCUACACUUCUGUGGGCGGGCUGUGGUGGAAGGCCUGUGGCUGCGAUACAAGGGGACGCCCGUGGAGGAGGACGUGGGCCGAGAGCGCCGGCGCCGGGUCCUGCAGACGCUGGUGUGGUUCCUACUCACCCUGCUACUAGCACUCUUUAUCCCUGACAUUGGCAAGGUCAUCUCGGUCAUCGGAGGCCUGGCAGCCUGCUUCAUCUUCAUUUUCCCAGGGCUGUGCCUCAUCCAAGCCAAACUCUCAGAAAUGGAAGAGGUCAAACCGGCCAGCUGGUGGGCACUGGUCAGUUAUGGAGUCCUUCUGGUCACCCUGGGAGCCUUCAUCUUUGGCCAGACCACAGCCAAUGCCGUCUUUGUGGACCUCUUAGCCUGAACACUGCUUCCCCAAACAUGUGACCAGAUGCAGCUCUCAGAGCUGUGGAGCUGCCCAAGUCCCACGUACUGUUCUGGCUAGUGAGAUGACAUGGGGACACCUUCCCCAUGGACAGUCAUAAGACAAUCAGCCGCAAAUCUGUGGACAGAUCCUGCCCAGCUGCCUUGUUUCCUGAUGGCGGUCCAUAGCACAGGACUGUCCCCUUCACCCAGCUCUCAACUUCAAGCCUUUGGGACUUGGGAAUGGAGAGAGUCAGUGGGUCUCAGAAGAGAGAGCCUAUUCUGACUUCCCUCUGGAAAAAAAAAGAACAGAAAGCAUAUAUGCACAGGGCUGGCCUCCACACAGAGUGUGUCAGGACUGUGCUCAGUACCUCGGGGCUUAGUGCCUGCCCAUGUCUCUCAGAAGCCACUGGCAGCGUCUCCUGGGACCUGGCAACUUCCAAAGGAGAUGCCAACAUCAUAGAAAUGUCCCCUGAGUCUCUGGUAGCCUCCCAAGUCUUUAGGGUCCCUACCCUAACUUUGUCCAGUCCUAACGGUCCAUGUUGUACUGGUAUGCUUCUACUGUGUUCCCAGACAUCACCGAGUCUAAUGUUUACAAACGGUGCCAGCCUGGCUCUGAGGCUGGGGGCUGCCAUGCCGUGGUGCUGUGAGCACUCCUCCGUUAGCUUUUGGCAUGGGCAGACGGUCUGUUGUCUUUCAGAUUCCAGAUAGGCCCGUCUUUUCAGAAGUUCAGGGUAGGACCUUUUAGACCAUCCUUCCAGGCUGGGCUUGCCAAGGUCCAGGCAAGGUUCCAGCUCCUCCACGCCUUGUCUUCUCUCUCUUCCCGCUAAACCCAGCCCCAGGACCCAGUUAGACUGGGGACCCUGGAUGUCCUCCUUAACUCUCCAUCUCCCCCAGUCCCACACUCCCAUCCCUCUCCCCCAGCCCUACCUCUUCAUGCAUGGGUCUUGUUAUUUGACGGGAGAGGGUGUGGCACCAGACCCUGUCACACCGGCUUGCCUGGCUCCACACAUCUGUCAGGUUUGGCCUCUGUGCCUGGGAGUCCCGCUGAGUCACACCCACCUCAGGUGAGGCCAGCUUAGAUACUUCUCUAUUUUGACUGCCUUAGCCUCGAACCUACCCCUGCUCACUUUUGUAAGUCCCAGGUCCAGAAUUGGUCUUUCUAAAUCUAUUCUGUGUAAAACACAUCCUAGGAGCAAAAGGGACCCUUCCCAGAAGACGACCCCACCCCCAUCCCCAACUCAGGUCAGUCCUGUGGAGGCAGGAGGCUCAGUGUCCAGUCCUGCUGGAUUAUUCCUUUCCCAUCCAUCCCCAGUACCCAUUCUUUCUGGUCCCACUAUACUGUUUUCCCCCAGCCUCCAAAGCUGCCUUUCAUGGUGGCCAAUCAUAAAGCUAGACGUGGCACAGAGACUGGCUAGCUGGGACAGUUGGCUAGAACCCAGCUUCUGCUUGACCUCAGGACCCCCUUCCUCCCUCUCCUUUGCCCUCUGUUUCCAGUUUCUUGCUGGUUCUUUUCUACUCAAGCACACUUGGAGAAGUAAGGAUGGUUAAUAAAGGGGCUUACACUGCUGAA